AUGGACACCGUCCCUUCUCCACGCGGCGCGCCGCAGAAUCAUGCCGCCUUCAAAGUCCGGCGGCGGCAGCUGCGGAGAGGCACGCACAGCUGCUGGGAAUGCAAGCGGCGGAAGAUGAAAUGCGUCUUCGAGCCCGCCGUCAACGCCACGGCUUGCUGUGGCUGUUGGCGAAGAGGGUCUCGGUGUCUCAGCCAGGAGUUUCCCGAAGCCAGCGCGAUUGACAUGGAGAUGGUCGCAAGACUGAAUGACGCCGGUAAAACUGGCAGUGGCACUGGCAGACCAAAGACGGCGGCGGUGCCACUAUCAACGACCUCAACCUCAACCUCAAGCCCUCGCACUCCAUCAUCAGACAAACCUCUUACGCCUACGUCGUCUACGACGUCGGAGCCGCCACGAAAGCAAGCAUCUCACAAAUCCGACCCUGAGAGCCUGUCUCGAUUCCUGUACGAAUCGCUGCCUUCUCAGGAAGAUACCGAAACGAUAUACAAGGCAAUUCCUCAACGGCCUGUGCAUGCUCAUGAAAUGAUGACCAUGCCGUACACCUGUCUCUCUCAGCACGACCGGUCCCCACCGUCCCACUCGCUCGAAGUCCCAUUACCAAACCCAAGGACACAUCCCGUGCUGAUUGCCAGACAUAUGCUUCUGCUGGCCAGCCUCCUGCAACACCUCCACCCCGAGGUCCAUGCCGAUAUCAGAAAUCUUUCAGAACCACCACGGGCUAUGUCAGAGCGGCUAGCCGACCUCGCCGUCAGCCACGUCACGACUAGGGACGAGCUGCUCGGCAGUAUCGAAGGCCUGGACUGCAUCAUGAUUGAGAGCGUGUACCAGGCGAACCUCGGCAACCUCCGCCGAAGCUGGGUCGCGGCACGCAGAGCUCUCAGCGUAGCACAAUUAAUGGGUCUGGACCGCUCGAGCAACCGCACACCACAGUACGAAGUGCUUGACGCUCGGACGAAACACGACCCACGCACCAUGUGGUCUCGGAUCGUCUUUCUGGACCGCUUUCUCUGUCUUCUGCUCGGCCUCCCGCAGGGCUGUCACGAGAAAAGCAUGAGUUGUGAAGCGAUCCUGGCAGCGGGUCUCCCUAUGGAACGGCUCGAACGCAUCCACUGCGCCGUUGCGUCGCGGAUUCUCGAGCGGAACGAGUCGGAGUCGGAGCUGGGCGCUCCUGACCUGACCAACAUCACUACCACUCGAACGUUGGAUCUGGAGCUGCAAAAGGCGGCCCGGAGCGUGCCCAGCAAGUGGUGGUUGACUCCCAAGUUGGACCGUACGGCAACAGACCCGCGCGCCACCUUCUGGAACACAGGCCGCCUGUUCGCCCAAGUCCUGCACUACAACCUCGUCAACCAGCUGCAUCUUCCGUACAUGUUACGUUCUUCUUCGCGGGGCGCUCGCCAGGACGAUGAGUUCUCGCGGAUCACCUGCGUGAAUGCCUCGCGGGAAGUUCUCACGCGCUUCAUCACCCUCCGCGGCUUCAACGGCAUCGCCUCCAGCUGUCGAAUCAUCGACUUCCUCGCCCUCAUGGCUGCCAUCACUUUGUUGCUCGCCCACCUUGACAGCCACCACUUGGGCCCCGGGAAUCUCCUGGCUCACCAGUAUCACAGUGAUCGCGCCAUGAUCGAGCAGGUGCAGGACAGUUUCCGAGAAGUCAACAGUCUAAACUCAGAUGCGCUCAGUGCCCAUAGCGCCGAUCUGCUACGGAGAUUACUCGCCAUUGAUGCGGAUAGCACACAGGGUGCCGGAAGAGUGAGCGUGCACAAAGCCGAACCCGGGUCGGCGCAAGCCGGUCUGAACGAUGAAGGCGCCGUGAGCGUCCACAUUCCUUACUUUGGUAUUAUUCGGAUCACCCGCGAAGGCUUGAGCACGACGCGCCCCGAGUCGCAAUCCAAUGCCCAGAGCAUGGCCGUGGCUGUUACUACUGGGAACGCCGGAGUCGAAGCACCAGUCGCGUUGCCGGAGAUCUAUAUCACGACUCAACUCGAACCCGGCGCCUUGUCCACAUCGACCUCUACCGCAGAUUACUCUGCUAUGCACUUCGCACCACAGCACAUUGAUGACAUGGAUGACAUGACAGAUCCUCUGCAACAUGCCAGUGGAGAAUACCCUGGAUUGGCGGCCGGGAUGGAAGACUGGGCGUUUCAGGGCGUCGACCUCGCUUUCUUUGACAGCCUGAUGCGGACUACAGGAAAUGGGUCAUGA